AUGUUGCUCACCAAGUCCAUGACGGCCUCCAAGAAGGUUGUCCAGGCCAAGCAAGCUGCAGAUUCGGCCACGGCACGGCCCGGGUCUGGCGGGGAGACGACCGAGACGGUCAAUGCCCCUCUCAAGGGCGCGCAGAACCGGUCGCCGCCGCCAGCGUCGGAGCCACGGGUGGAUGGUGCGGUGGUCGACGAGACGGAGGACGACGAGGUCCGGGUCACCCUGCGGAGGGUGGUGGCUACGCUGGCGGACGAGCGUCGGGCUCGGCUGGAGAUGUCCCAGAAGGUAUAG